CCGCCGUCACGGGGCGGCCCACGGGCGCGCCGGCGGUCAGGCGGCGUCUGCGGCCGCUCCGCCCUUGCUCCGCCUCCCCCCGCGCGGCAGGUUAGCUCUGGUAGCGGCGCGCGGCCCGGCGGUUGGCGGCAGGAUGACGGCGGCGACGGGUGCGGAGAGGGUGCGCGAUGGCAGCUGCCACUUCCAGCGCUCGCGGCUCAUCUGGAUGAUCGGCAUCAUCUUCGGCAUGAUCCUGCUGGGCUGGGUAACGCUAUCACCUUCUACUAUCCCUUAUAGCUAUUUGGGACUGUUCGGUGACUUUCUUCAUUAUUUAGUGGAGAACUACCACAAGUGGGUGUGCUACGGGUUCUAUGUAUCCUGGUUGAUUCACAUAGUAGAAGCCUUGUACGGUAUAAAAUUAUGCCAAUCUAAAGGCAUCACUGACCCAGCAGUUCAGUUUCACUGGUUCAUUCAGACACUUCUAUUUGGGUAUGCUUCCUUCGGUCUCCUGGUGUCUUACAAACCUCCAGCCAAGAAGUACUACUAGAAGCCUGUGACAGAAGUCUCUUCUCACAUCCUUAAUCCUUAUUUUUCAGAAAACAGCCUCAUGUGUUUAGAAGCUGUAAUUAGUUAAGUUACAUUCCUACUACAUGAUGCAGUGCCCUUCUACCAAAGUAGCUCUCUCAAACUCAAAAAAACUCAACUAUAAUUCACAAGGCCCUGUGGAUGGUUUGGUAGAAAUUCAGCCUGUCAGUCUUGGCACUGCCAAAGUUUAAUUCUCUCUAUUAUGCAAGAGCCGAAGGUUGCUGCCUUGCACUGUUUGACAUAGAUCGUUUACUCCAAUUGUCAUUGGUGAGAAAAGUCUCUGACAGUAGCUAGUAGUGGUUCAUAGAUGACCUUUUCACAGGGAGAAUUUGUCCUCUACAACAGAAAUUGUUAUUUACAGCCACAGAGAAACUUGCACCUGUUUCGUGGCACGAUAUAAAUUUUUUCCUACAGUUUUUCUACAGGACCUUUUGUUAGCUUUUUCCAUAUUUGUUAGAUCCCGGUUUGUGUUUUAUCAACCUACUUUCUUCAACAAAGGACAGACUACUUUAUUGCUGCAGGCACAUUGAAAAGACCAAGUCUUUUAAAAGACCAAGUUCCGAUGAGGUGCAGCGAUGAGCUGGGAUACAUAAAGCACUUUAACUUGGUUUAAUACAGGUGCCUUAAAUCUCAUGCAGCAUGACCUCAGCUUUCAAAUGUAGAUUUUCAUCUUUGAGUUAGUGUAGUAUAUACUCUCUACAGAGUAUAGAGAGAAUCCUGUAGCUUUUUUGAGAACUAAUUUAUUAUCCAAGAAAAAAACCACAGCAUUCCAAAAUGAAAAUUGUAUACAUUGUCAAAUGGAAAAUAAGCAUAACAAGUCAGCACUCACCCCAUCUGCCAGAUGUUCAGGUUCUGAAAUCUCUGGUUUGUAGACCAUCUUAAGCAUCCCUCAGAGUAUUUUCUGUAUGUCUGAUGAGCCCUUUUAUCUUAUUGUCUGUUUUACACCUCUCAGUAUUUAACCAGAAUUAGCUUUUUUCCUUUUUAGCACUUUUAGAAGUAAUUACUAUUUAAAAUAUUAACUGUUAUUUGGGGAGAGGUUCUACCACACUACCCAUAGUGCUACUGUUCUUGAAAAAAGGACAAGAAAACAUGGGCUUUGCUCAAAAGAAAAGCUCCAUGAGGCAGUAACGAGCAAGCAUAUACCUUGUGUAGUAUUUGUGGACUAUGCUAUAGUAUAAGACAUCUGAUACAGAAGUCUUAUUAAGUACAGGUACUUGAGGUUUUUGCUUUUUAGCUAGUAUUAAAAGCACAGAGAAACUAAGAGCUUUAAAUAAUGGUGGAGUGGCUUUUUUCCUUUUUUUUUUUUUUUUUUUGACCAACGGCCAACUGAUACCACUAACAGUUUUUA